AUGCCACCAUUUCUCCCUCGCAAGAGGCUGAAUUCCACGCCACCCGCCUCUGCUCGAUCGUCUCCGAUCAAAAAGGCAAAACUAGCAGAUGUGUUGGACGCCGAGUCAAGGAAUACCCCUGGCAAAUAUCAGAUAACAACCUUCUCUCUUGGGAGCGACGAAUCCGACUCCUCAUUGAGUGACAUCGACAAUGACAAGUUUGAAGACGUCCUCGAACCCGAGAAAGCCAAGAUCUUCGCAGCCGAUGCGCAAGAUGACCAGGAUGACGAUGAAGAAGAUGUUGAAUGGGAGGAUGCGGGUACAAAACCACAAGAGACUGCAUCUUCGCGGGCACAUCUUGCAGAUGGGCCAAUUGAGUUGAUUUUUCGCAAAGAUGAUAAUGAGGUUGAUUAUGGGGCGGCCGCUGCUGCUACCUCUGGAAAGAAAGGCCCAACAAAGCGAGAGAAGGAGGCUCGAGUUCGGACACAUCAACUGCACGUCCAGUUCCUCCUGUGGCAUAAUUCAAUCCGCAAUAGAUGGAUCUCAGACCAGCAUGUUCAACAGACACUGGUCCAGCAACUACCUCCACAAAUCAGCAAGGAAAUAGAUAAGUGGAAGAGAGCAAGUGGCUUGCCACCGGCCGAUACACCUACAAAAACGUCUCAGACCAAGGACAAAAAGCGUGGAAAGCAGAAGAAGCCAGAUCCUAGGAUUGAGCGUGACUGGGGAAGACCAAGCCAACGAAUGGAAGUUGGGAGAGCAGACAUGAGCCAUGGUGAUCCUAUCAUACCUCUGAUGAAAGUUCUCGCGGCUUACUGGAAGAAGAGGUUCGCCAUUAUUGCUCCAGGCCUCCGAAAACGGGGUUACGGCACAAAGCAGGCUCUGAAGCAGGCCAUCUAUUCCUUUAGAAAUGACGAACAUGACCCGGAAGAGCAUGGUGAGAGGAUCAGAAACAUCAUCGAAUUUCGAGAAGCCGCCAAAAAGUGUGAAGGGUCUAGGGAUGUUGGAGCACAGCUUUUCACCGCUCUCCUCAGGGCCAUUGGGAUUGAGUCAAGACUCGUGGCAAGCCUACAGCCCAGUGGAUUUGGUUGGACGAAAGCCGAGCAGAUGUCGCCACGAAAGCCAGCCCAACCCAUUGACUCUGACACGUCUUCUGACGAUUCUGACGAAGAAGAAUCGAAAUCCAUAUCCGAGAUUGCCAAUUCAAGGCCUGCUUCAAGAUCAAGACCUGUCCCAAAAUCCAGGAAGAAUACUGGAUCAGCUAUCGAUCCUGUCAAGUUGGACUUGGAUACCGAGGACGAUAAAGAUGAUGCCUCGCUUAUCGACAUAACACCCUCGAUGCCGAGGAGGCGCUCGCAAAAAUAUGACCGAGACAACCCAUUCCCAAUCUAUUGGACUGAAGCGAUUUCUCCAGUCACGAAUAAGGUCCUACCAGUAUCACCACUGAUACUCACCUCACCAGUGGCGGCGACCCCGGAUGUCCUGUAUGCAUUCGAACCUCGUGGAGCCAAAGCUGAAAAGACGAAGACAGUCAUCGCUUACGUUGUUGCUUACUCUUCGGAUGGUACAGCGAAGGAUGUUACGGUCAGAUACCUCAAGAAUAGGAUUUGGCCCGGCAAGACCAAAGGAUUUCGUUUCCCUGUGGAGAAAAUCCCAAUUUACACUAAACAUGGCAAGAUCAAGCGCUAUGAAGACUACGAUUGGUUUAAACGAGUAAUGAGUGGCUACAGAAGACCAGACCUUUUGCGAACAGCUGUAGACGACGUGGAGGAUGCAUCUGACCUGGUUCCCCAACUGCCUCCAAAGAAAGAGGUGAAGGAUGAGGUUGACACCUUGCAGAGUUUGAAGGCUUCGGCUGACUACGUUUUGGAGCGUUUCCUAAGACGCGAGGAAGCUCUGCGACCUGGUGUCAAACCUGUCAGGACCUUUGUUUCAGGCAAAGGAGACAAUAUGAAGGAAGAGCCUGUGUUCCGUCGUAGUGACGUUGAGAGAUGUCUGACUGCCGAAUCCUGGCACAAGGAAGGCCGUCGGCCAAAAUCUGGCGAAGCUCCGUUGAAGCUGGUACCUGUUCGUGCAGUUACAUUAACUAGAAAACGAGAGGCCGAAGAACAUGAGAGACAGACAGGACAAAAGCAGAUGCAAGGUUUGUAUUCCUGGGAUCAGACCGAGUACAUCAUACCCCCUCCAAUUAAGAAUGGCAUCAUCCCAAAGAACAGCUAUGGCAAUAUUGACUGUUUCGUGCCGAGCAUGGUGCCAAAGGGAGCCGUUCACGUCCCUUUGCGGGCAAGUGUCCGAAUCUGCAAAAAGCUGGAUAUCGAUUUCGCCGAGGCUGUCACCGGGUUUGAAUUCGGCAACAAAAGAGCUGUACCGAUCUGUACAGGUGUGGUAGUCGCCAAAGAGAACGAGAGGCUGCUCAUAGACGCGUGGACAAAGUUCAACGAAGAACAGAGGAAGAAAGAAGAGACUAAAAUGGAGAAACUCGUGCUGGACCUGUGGCGCAAAUUCAUCAUGGGUCUAAGAAUUCGAGAGCAGGUCCAUGAUGCUUAUGGUGAUGGAACCGAACUGCCGGCUCUCACCCAAGGCAUGAGUAGAGAUCUGCCGAUUGCUCUCGAUGACGAUGAUAAAGUCAACAAUAUGAGAGGCGUAAAUCGACCUUUCGCGGAGGAGGACAGUUUCGGCGGAGGCUUUCUCCUCGAUGAUGAAGAUCAGCCAAUUCCUGAAGACCUCGAAAUGUUUUAUCACGAUGCACCGCCCGACGUGACGGCGAAGUCCAAAGACAAAGAACGAGCGCUUGAUAAAUACGAGUAUCCCACUCCAUCCUCUGUAUCGCCGCUAAAGCCAGGUAUGCGUCGGCAGAGGAAGUCUUUACUUAGAGAAUCAUGCGAAAGCGAGGGUGAAACCUCAGAGCUGUCUUCUGUGCCCAGUGCUUCUGAGAUGGAAGAAGACAUGGCAGAGCUCGCUGAAGACGGCUCAAAUGGUGUUGAAGGUCUCCGUCCCCAAUUAACCGCUACAAAGCACCCGAGGAGUAGAAUCGAAGUGGUGAUACCUAGUGCAAAGCGUCGAAGCAAUAGAUUUCAACCUACCAUCGCGACUCAAUCCAGAGAUGAAUCUAAUGAGCAACAGAAAACUGAGUCCGAGCCCGAGCUGUCUUCCGAUAAUGACCCAGGCAGUGAAGACGACUACCAACCCCCCACCAACGCAUCUUUGCGAAAAAUAUCCAAGAAAGCUCCUGCCAGAGGGAGCGCGAGAAGCGUGAGAAAGGAUACUAGCACAGGUGGUGCCAAGUCCGAGGUAGUCGACUCACUAGACGGGGACAUGGACGACAAUAACGAGCAUGAGAUCGUUACCUCCCAGCGCACGCGCACGCCUCGCCGCGGCUUAAGGCGAGAUAGCAUAAUUGUGACAAGUCCCUAUUUCAAAGUGAGAUGA